AUGGUCUUUUUUCUUGCAUAUAUAUCAUCAAGAACAGUUACAGUAGGUGAUAUUAUAACCGGUACAGAUGUAUUUACAACAACAAGUUUAUCUGAUGAACAAUUAUUUAAUAAAUUAUUUUAUUCAUCACAAAUGUUAAUUAUUGGUUUAAUAAAUGGUUCAUGUGUUGUAUGGAAUUUAAGAAUAUGUGAAAAAAAAAAAAUUAUGAUACAUUAA